UCUUGUAUUAAGCAUGGGAUUUGAUACAAUGGGCGGUUGGUUUCAGACAUGAUGAUUGAAGUUGAAGAGGGGACUGUGUAAGGCAGUGGUCGUUUUAGGGAUUAGUAUGGUUUUAACAAGUUCUUUUGGGGUACCUAUUGCAGAUACCUUGCUUAAAACAUCACAAGUCAGAUUAGAAGCAAGCAUCGAUAAAUCCUUCGGAGAAAUAUUAAGAAGUUCGAAAGAUUGCACCAAAGACUUUUGUCCAAGUGGUGCAUACUUUAUACAAGGAGGGGAUGGAGAAGAGCUUUAUGCUUUUGGAUCUUUACUCGGAGGACCUAAAAGUACAAUGGAUCAUGGAAUGACUGAUGAAUAUUCUACAACAAGAUAUGCCGUCCUUGUAGGAGAGGGGACUUACAGAAUGCCUGAAACUUUCAGACUUGGAUAUUAUACUCAGGUUGCAGGUGUUUCUGAAGAUAGAGAAAAGGUAGAAAUAUCUCCAGGGAUCGAAGUCAUCAAUAAUUGAUAUAAAGUUGGAGAUCCAGAUUGUAUCUCACCUGGAGGCCUUGAUAACUUCUGGAGAAGUAUUUCUAACCUUAAGCUUGAUCUCAGUGAACUCGGACGUCCAUUAUUCUUUGGAGUUUCUCAAGCCUCACCUCUUAGAGAUCUAACCAUCAGAGGUAAUAGUAUCUUGAUGUGUGAUAUUAAUAUGUUUGGCCUGUGCGGAAACACCAGUGGUGGCUUCAUCAGUGGAAUGGAUAUAGAUGGUAAUAUUGAACUAGGGUCUCAGCAACAGUUCUAUAUAACAGGAUCAAACUUCAAUAAAAUUAGGUCUGGAAGAUGGAAUGUAGUAUCUAAUAAUAACAAAGGAGGCUAUGACGGGAGAGGAGAGCGUUAUGUAAAAGAUCUCUGGGAAGGUUAUCCUUUAACUCAGACCAAAAGUGAAGCUAAUUUAAAGGCUCCCAAACUUGUACUCGAAGAAAAUGUAUGGAAAGUUGUAACUGACAAAGAAAGAAUGCUAGUCGAUGACUUCAUUGUGUUGUCUCUUGGUUCAAACGAAUCUCCAACUGUUGUAAGUGAGGAAUUGAUCCAACAAAUCAAUGAACAGCUUAUGGAUGGAGCUAAAGGAGUUAUUGUUGAGCCAGGAAUUUAUCACCUUGAAGGAACCCUUAAAGUUCCAGAUAAUAAGGUAUUUGUAGGUAUUGGGUUACCAGCCUUUGUUUGUCAGAGCACAUCGGGCAGAUGUAUGGAGACUGGAAGCGAAGGAGUACAUAUUCAAGGUAUUGUUUUCGAUGCAGGAGUAAAUGGAAAAUCUAGUGAUGAAUCAAAUAUCCUCCUUACUAUUGGAUCAUCUGGAAAUGGAGCUCUCAACAAUCCAUCAAUUUUGCAAGAUGUCUAUUGUAGAUCGAGUCGUACUGACCCUAAUCAAUCCUCUCCCCAAGCUUUUGCUUGUAUUGAGAUUAAUGCAGAUCAUACUAUUGGAGAAAAUUUAUGGUUAUGGAGAGCUGAUCAUGACAACCAAUCAAAAAUGAUUCCAUUCGAUGUCAACACCUGUGAACACGGACUUAUCGUAAGAGGUGAUAGCAUCAAAAUGUUUGGACUUUUCGUUGAACACUUCAACAAUUACCAGACUGUCUGGUAUGGAAAGAAUGGAGAGAUUAGGUUUUAUCAAUCAGAGAUGCCAUACUUCUUGACAGCUAACGGGGUGCAGCAAGUUGUAGAUUGCACUCAUCCUGACACUUCAGAAAUAAUCAAGCUUGAGGUCUGUGCAUCUCUCUAUAUAGACAAAUCUGCCACAGGAUUUAAAGGAGAAGGCAUUGGUAUUUAUAACUAUUUCCCUAAUUUUCUUAAUCAGAAGACAGUAAGGGCCAAAUCAGCAAUGGUAAUCAACAAUGAGGAUGUAUUUCUUAAGCAUGCUUUAAUAAUUUGGCUAAAUGGAGAUCCAGAUAGUGGCAUUGAUAGUGUUUUAAUAGACAAAGACGGUAAAUCUUAUCCUGAAGAUAGCUAUAUCUAUCAAGAGAUGAAAGGAUACGCAAUUCCUUCCUACCCUCCUGAUCAUACUUUAAAUUCAUCAGAUUAG